CAUUUCCUUGAGCGCAGCAUACAAACAACCUGCUCAACAGCAUUUUUCAUCAGGCUGCAUGAAUGAGAUUGAGACCAUUCGAUAAAAUAUAAGAUUCUGGUUUAAAAUUACCAUGAUAUUUCUGUCUCUCCUACUUCUUCUCUGGGGUGUUCCCCUUUCAAAAGCUUCAGGCCGACUAAGAAGUUUCCAUUUGAUCAAUGAGCAACAAAUGAGUAUAAAUCAAGCACGAAAAAUUUGCAGAAGUAACUACACUGACCUUGUCACAAUCUAUGAUAAUGACGAGAAUUUGGAGUUAGUUAAUAUUCUCAAGAAUAGUAGUUUGAGUGAUGGUUGGAUUGGUGCCAGCAGCUGUAAAUGGUCAAAUGAUGAUCCGGUCACAUUCACCAACCUCAGCAGCAAUUUUACUGAAGAAAAUUGCUGUGGUGCCAUAAACACUAAUGGAGAAUGGGAGUGUUUCAAUUGUAGUUCAACAGAAAUCUACUUCAUGUGUUAUGAUCGAGUCACCAUUACAGAACACCAGACCACUAAUGGAUCCUGCAGUAACGGAUCCUGCAUUAAUGGAUCCUGCAGUAACGGAUCCUGCAUUAAUGGAUCCUGCUGUAACGGAUCCUGCAUUAAUGGAUCCUGCAGUAACGAAUCCUGCAUUAAUGGAUCCUGCAGUAACGGAUCCUGCAUUAAUGGAUCCUGCAGUAACGAAUCCUGCAUUAAUGGAUCCUGCAGUAACGGAUCCUGCAUUAAUGGAUCCUGCAGUAACGGAUCCUGCAGUAAUGAAUUCUUCAGUAAUGGAUCCUGCAUUAAUGGUUCCUGCAGUAACGGAUCCUGCAUUAAUGGAUCCUGCAUUAAUGGAUCCUGCAUUAAUGGAUCCAGCAGUAAUGAAUCCUUCAGUAAUGGAUCCCUCAAUUACAGGCAGCAAUCAUACAAAUACAGUUUAAUCCGUGAAAACAAAACCUGGCUUGACGCUUGGCUGUACUGCAGAAAGAAUCACAUUAAUUUAGUCACUAUCAGAAAUUAUGAGGAAAAUGAACGAGUGAAGGAAGCAGGAAAUGGGAGUAACUCUUUCUGGAUCGACCUCCAAUAUAAUACCACUGUUGAUUGGCUUGAUGGUGGACAUUCUAAUUACACACAGAUAAAUAAAUCUAAAGGAUGUUUUACAUUUCUCUCAAUGCAUGGAUUUUGGGUGAAAAGUAACGGGAAUGGCUGUUCUGCUCUUUGCUACAAAAGCUACAUUUAUGUGAGUUCUGUUAAAAAGUCCUGGGAGGAUGCUCUGAUUUACUGCAACAGACACUAUUCUGGACUCCUGCGCAUCGAGUCUGAGAGUGAUCAGAAAGAAAUACAGCGAGAGCUAAGAAGAAAGAAUAUCUCCGAGCCGGUGUGGGUGGGGCUUAGACAGAGUCGACUUUUCGGAUUCUGGAUGUGGUCCAAUGGGCUUCAUGUGGGACACUGGACCAACUGGAAAGUAGGAAGUCAAACAGAACAUCUGAUUUCCCAACACUGCGUUGCCACAGAAGAGGUGGACGGUGAAUACAAAUGGUCUGAUAAAGACUGUAGAUCAGAAUUUACUUUCUUAUGUGAGAUGAAGUAAUAUAUGCCUUUGUGUUCAACAGUAAUCAACUGUAUCUUCAUGUCUUGUAUAAUAAAGCUCUCAGUUAGUAGCUAGUAGCUGCUUGGUAAUGCUAUCCUUAGUGUUCCUGUUGCCUUUUUGAUUUUUAUGUGUAUCAUUUUGUAAACCUUUAUGUCUCAUACUAAAAAUGAAUAUUAAACGUCGUUCAUGAAUGCA